AUGGAGUACGAGAAGUCGUUGUCGCUGGAGGCAAAUAUUAGGGCGGUGCUUUUUCCGGCCAGAUCUUGGAAGAAAAUCACCCCACCGUCGUCUCCCAUUUCGUGCUUCAACUUCCCUUUCGCCGCGAAGGCACGCGGCGCUGCUCCUCCCUCCGCCACCGCCUUCUACGGCGCGUAUGCGCCUCCCACGGCAGUGAGGCGGUGCGCGUCUCCGGUCGUUGGGAAUCCCGUCGUUGCCGGGAAAAGCCGUUACUGUCAGGCCAGGGCUUACCACUUGUCGAUUAGGAAUUAUUCUCAAUAG